AUGGAAAACGUUGAUCGGAUCACAUUGCUAAACGAUAUUGAUGUUCUUACCACAAACUACACUAUCAAGGUUAAAAUUGUUAGUUUGUGGAGGAAGAAAAUGAGGGAUAAUGAAAGGGAGACAUAUCGGAUAGAUAUGAUACUGAUGGAUGAAAAGGGUAGCAAAAUUCAAGCUUCUUGCAUGCACAAGCUAUUUUCAAAAUUUGAGAGGCAUCUUAAUGUUGAUGAAUGCCUUAUCAUUAAACGGCCAUCUCUUGCUGCUAACACAGCAUCUUUCAAGAUUGUUCCUAACAACCAGAAGCUAACGUUUUAUUAUCAUACCUUUGUCGAAAAGUGCAAUGUAUGGGACGGUCCGCAAUACGUUUUCAAUUUUGUUGAGUUUAAUGAUGUUCUUUCAAUGAAAAUAAAAGAGGGUACGACAGUAGAUUUCAUUGGCUAUGUUGGUGUUUGUUAUAACAUUGAGGAUACUAACAAGAAGGAUGGUAGCAAAGGGAAACGUCUUAAUCUUAAGCUUCAAGAUCUUGAAGAUGUUCAGAUUGAUUUAACUCUUUGGGACGAUCACGCUAAGGACAUGUAUUCUUACAUGAUUAGCGAAAAGCGUGAAGCACAUGUUGUCGUUGUUGUCCAUUUCGGUGCAGUUAAAUCAUACAAAGGCAAAUGGGGAUUAUCCAAUAACUUUGAUGGUUCAAGAGUUUUCAUUAACGACAACUUUGAUGACAUGCUAUUGUUCAAGCAAAAGUUUCUUGCUAAACUUUCUGCUUCAAGUGAGUCAAGUAGCCAUGCUGGGUCAUAUAUGAUGUGUUCUGUCGAAGAUGAAUUUUUAAAGAAUGAUGUUUUUUCACCACUUGCUUACCUUCCAUCAAUCUUAGAGCCAAAGAAAGUUGUUGUUGUUGGAACUAUUGUGGCAAUCGUUUCUGAUAAGAUGUGGUAUUAUGAUGGUUGUAACUAUUGCAAGUCAAAAGUUGAGAAAAAGUUUGAAACCUAUGAUAAAGAUGAUGGAACAAGUGAUGUUAGAGAUACGCAGUUGUAUCAAUGUUCUAACAAGGAUUGUAAUGGAAAAGAGGUUUUCCCGAUGUCCAGGUUCAAAAUACCGGUUCGCGUUCAAGAUUCAACUGGAACUGUGACGCUUACAUUAUUUGACCAUGAGGCGAUGAAGUUUGUUCGGAAAACUGCAAAGGAGCUUAUUCAAAUUCAGGACGAGUUAUUUCAAACUAAUGAUUUCCCAAGAGAAUAUCCCGUUGAAUUUGAAGAGUUGCUUAAUCAAAAGUGUGCUUUUGUGAUUAAAGUAACUGACUUUAAUAUUGCAAAUGGUGUCGAGAAUUAUGGAAUAUCAGUUGUUACAACUGAUGAUGACAUCUUGGAUAAGCUCAACAAAAAAUUUAAAAUAGAUCAAAUUGAUGCUUAUGAAACUUUUGGUAUGAGUCAGUCUGAGUUGCAAACUUCUGGUGCUGAAGGUUUGAAGGAUGCCGAUUCUUACACUGGGGAUAACACCACACCUAUUUCAAAGGAUUAUGCGGUUGACUUGAAACAAUCAUCCUCUGACAUGAAGCGUAACCUUGAUGAUGUUUAUUUGAAUGAAGUUGGAUUGGCGUCCUCAGCAAUUAUUUCUAUUGUUUUAAAAAUGCAUAAUAGGUUUGAACAACUUAAGUCGUAUUAUUCAGAACGUCCACAUAUUGACCUUGAAAAUAAAUCUGAGCAAGCUAAAUGUAGGCGUUCGUUAAGAAAGCUAUAUAUUGAUAAUAAGAGAUCAAAUGCAGCUGCUUUUCCGGAAUAUGUUGUCAGAGCUUUAGAGGCUAAACACAGGCGCAAGUUAAGAAAAUUAUACCUUGAUCGUAAGAGAUCAAAUGUUACAAAGAAAUUAAUUUCUAGAGGUGGUACUUCAACAUCGUCAUCAUCAACACCAAUCCGGUUAAAUAACAAAGAGAAUUUUACUCCCAAUAUUUCAAACACCACCUUUCCUACCGAAUCUUCAACUGCUUUUGGGACAAGUAAUCAUUUAAAUUCGUCCUUUAAUGUAAGAUCAUCCGUUAUUACACAAUCAACUUUCAAGAAGAAAGGAAAUGUACUACACGAUCAGUUUUCAACACCCAUCCGUACACCACUUGCAAACCUAUCAAACACAAUGCCAGCAUAUUCAUCUGGAGCUUUUUCAAAUCAUAAUAGAAAGACAAAUGUUAUUCAUGACUCUUCUACCUCAACACGACGAAUUACGAGGUCAAACAAAGAAAACAUAACACCAACUUCGUGUGUUACAAACAUACGUUCUCAAGUUCAAAUUGAACCGCAGUUUUCUAAUGCUAUGUCUUCUUUGAAUCGUAUAUCCUCUGACAAUAUUGCAAGCUCAUCAACGUUACCAUUGAAUGAUUGCUUUUCUCUUCAUCCUAGAAUAUCCAAUAAACGUAACACAACAUUUUUGUCAUCUGAAUUAAGCUCGAUAAAAAAGAUGUCUUCUGGAAAGCGUAGACUUAUUCAUAAACCAAUUGAAAUACAACCCAUACCAAUGGCUGCUCUUGACUCUGAUGAUGAAAAUCACGUUAACGAGGUUGUGUUAGACGCCACAAAAGGCGUUUCUAAAGAUUACGUUGACCAUGGUGACCAAACUCUUACGUGUGGUUUAUGCUUUGCAAACUUAUGGCCAACCGAAGGUGGAAAGGGUCGCAUUACACUUCAAAAGCAAACAUAUAGCUUAUGUUGUGGAUAUGGUAAAGUUGAUUUGCCUGAAUAUAAAGAUUCUGAUCCAUCUUAUCAGAUGCUUUUUCGCGGUUUAGAUCAGGAAAGCAAAUAUUUCUUAAAGAACAUAAGACGUUACAAUUCUAUGUUUUCCUUUACUUCGAUGGGAGGAAAAGUUGAUACUAAAAUAAACAAAGGUAAUGCUCCAUUUGUUUAUAGAAUCAGUGGCCAGAAUGCACAUAGUAUGGGUAGUCUUCUUCCUAAGCAUGGAGCCCAGCCAAAAUUUUCACAGCUUUAUAUCUAUGAUACUGAGAAUGAGCUUACUAAUAGGGAGUUGUUAUUUAGUGAUUCUUCAAGCAAAGCUUCGAUUAGGGCAAAGGAACUUGAUGUGAAGUUUAUAAAGAUGGUACGAGACCAUCUCCAUGACAAUCCUAAUGUUACUCUUAAACUUCGUAUAAUCUCACAGAGGGAUAGAGACGGUAGGACUUACAAUUUACCUACGUGUUCUGAAGUUGCUGCUUUGAUAGUUGAUGAACCUGAUCUCCAGAUUGAAAGCCGUGAUAUUAUUGUUGAAAUGCGUUCUGGAGAACUAAAGCGUAUUAGCGAGUUACAUCCUUCUUAUCUUGCUCUACAGUAUCCAAUUCUUUUUCCGUAUGGAGACGAUGGAUAUAGGAUUAACAUUCCUCAUAGAGAAUUUGGUCCUAAUUCAAAGAAGACAAGACCAACUUGUACUAUGAGGGAGUUCUUUGCUUAUAGAAUUCAGGAUAGGCAUAACAAGUUUUCUCUAAUUCUUAAUGCAAGAAGGUUGUUUCAGCAGUUUUUAGUCGAUGCCUACACAAUGAUUGAGAGUGAGAGGCUAAACUACAUACGUUUUCAGCAAAUCAAACUUCGAUCUGAUUCGCUAAACAGUCUUAAAAAUGUUCAAGAUGUUGGUCAGAGUGAUUUGAGUCAUACGGGACAACCUGUUAUAUUACCUUCAUCUUUUACGGGUGGUUCUCGAUACAUGAUGCAAAAUUACUUAGAUGCUAUGGCGUUAUGUCGGAAGUAUGGUUAUCCUGAUUUCUUUAUCACAAUCACAUGUAAUCCGAAAUGGCCUGAGAUUGUAAGAUUUCUAGGUGACUCUUCAAUUAAGCCUGAAGACAGACCUGACAUACUUUGUCGAUUGUUUAAGAUGAAACUUGAUGAAUUGAUAAAAGAUAUGAAGCAAAAAAUUUUUUUUGGCAAUAUUAAUGCAGUUGUUUAUACCGUUGAGUUUCAAAAACGUGGUUUGCCACAUGCGCAUAUUUGCUUAUUUAUGAAAGCUGAUCAUAAGCUUCCUACGGUUGAACACAUCGAUCCCUUUAUAUCAGCUGAAAUUCCUGAUAAGAAUGAGGAUCCUGAAUUGUAUUCUCUUGUGAGUGACUUUAUGAUUCAUGGUCCUUGUGGAUAUGCGAACAUGAAAUGUCCAUGCAUGGUUGGCAACCGUUGUUCAAAGAAUUUUCCGAAGAGGUUUUUGGAUUCCACUUCCAUUGAUUCUGAUGGUUUUCCAGUUUAUAGGAGAAGAGAUUCUGGUCACACAGUUGUCAAGAAGGGCGUUACUUUAGACAAUAGGAGUGUAGUUCCGUACAACAAAAACCUACUCAAAAGAUAUCAGAUUAAUAAAGGACCUGAUCGAGCCACUGUUGCUGUUUUUGAUUCAGACAGAGGCCCCGAUGAGGAAAUUCCAAAAGAUGAAAUUAAAGAGUACUACGAAGCUAGAUAUGUUUCCGCAUGUGAAGCCAGCUGGAGAAUAUUUGGCAAUGAUGUUCAUUAUCGGUAUCCAUCUGUUAUGAGGUUACCAUUUCAUCUUCCAGGACAACAAAAUGUUGUUUUUAGUUGUGACGAUGAUAUUGAGGAUGUCCUAAACAAACCUCAAGUAAAUUCCUCUAUUUUCUUGGAAUGGAUGAAGAUGAACAAUUCUAAGCCUGAAGCAAGACAACUUACUUAUGUUGAGUUUCCCACAAAAUAUGUGUGGAAGUUAAAAGAUCGUUGCUGGCAGCAACGCCAAAAUUAUGUUGUUAUUGGAAGAAUUUAUUCUGCGUCUCCAUCUCUUGGUGAGGCUUAUUACCUACGAAUUCUUCUUACUAAGGUUAAAGGCCCACGAUCAUUUGAAGAAAUAAGAACAUAUGAUGGUGUUGUUUAUCCUACAUUUCGGGAUGCGUGUUAUGCACGUGGCCUGUUAGAUGAUGACAAUGAAUAUAUCGAGUGUAUUAAAGAAUCCAGUUUCACAGGAAACGGUCAUUAUCUUCGUUCUUUGUUUGCAACACUUCUAUUGUCUAAUACGCUAUCUAGACCUGAAGUUGUUUGGGAGAAAACGUGGGAGCUAUUGUCCGAGGACAUUUUAUACAAUAUGCGGAAGGAUUCUGGCAUGAGCGAUUUCGUUGUUUCUGAGGAACGUUUAAAGAAUAUUACGUUGUCGAAAAUCGAAAAAUUCCUUCUUCGUAAUGGAUCCAGCUUGCACAGGUUUUCACCAAUGCCUUAUCCUGAUGAUGACUAUCUGAUGUCGGAGAGCAACCGUUUGAUAAAUGAGGAGCUUUCUUUUGACAUUGAUGAAGUUACGGCUGAGUUCAAUAAUCUUCACAGCUGUCUAAACGGCGAUCAAAGAGCCGUGUAUAAUGAAAUUAUGGAUGUUGUUCGGAUUGGUAAGGGUGGUGUGUUUUUUGUGUACGGUUAUGGUGGUACGGGCAAGACUUUUCUGUGGAAAACUUUAGGUGCUUCUAUUAGAUGCAAUGGACAGAUUGUUAUUAAUGUUGCUUCAAGUGGUAUUGCAUCUUUGUUAUCACGCGGUCGUACCGCUCACUCGCGAUUUCAUAUUCCAAUUAAUCUCAAUGAAGAUUCGGUAUGCCAUAUAAAGCCUAAUACUGAAAUCGCGAAUCUUUUAUAUGAAGCAAAGUUGAUUAUUUGGGACGAGGCACCGAUGAUACACAAACAUGCUUUCGAGGCUCUUGAUCGUACAUUGAAGGAUGUUUUGAGUGUUUUUGAUUCACAAAAUUCAGAACUUCCAUUUGGUGGGAAAACUAUUGUAUUUGGUGGUGACUUUAGACAAAUCCUACCAGUUGUACAAAAUGGAAGCAGGCAAGAUAUCGUAAACGCCUCAUUAUGUUCAUCCCACAUCUGGUCCACUUGCAAGGUGUUGAAAUUGACAAUCAACAUGCGUUUGUCGGUUGGAUCAAGUAGCUCAAACGUUAUGGAGAUAAACGAAUUUGGUAAAUGGCUUCUUGACAUCGGCGAAGGUAAUGUUGGUGAUUCUAUAGACGGUGAUGGAACUAUUGAAAUACCUGCUCAUCUCUUAAUAACUGAUGAGAAUGAUCCAAUUCCAGGUUUGAUUGACUUUGUAUAUCCUUCAGUUCUUCAUCGUUAUAAAGAGCGUGACUACUUUUCUGAGAGAGCUAUACUCGCUCCUAAGAAUGAAGUUGUUCAUGAUAUAAAUGACCGUUUGCUUGAUUUGUUUCCCGGUGAAGAAGUAGAGUAUCUUAGCUCUGAUAGUUUAUGUCCGACUGAGGAAAUCAACGAUCCGUUACAUCAAGAUUUGUAUAAUCCAGAUGUGUUAAAUAGUGUAAAAGUAUCAGGGUUACCAAAUCAUAGAUUGGUAUUAAAAUUGGGUGUUCCGGUUAUGCUUUUGAGGAAUAUUGAUCAGCAAAACGGUUUGUGCAAUGGUACGCGUCUUCAAAUCACACGUCUUGGUAAACGUGUUAUUGAAGCAGAGAUAUUAUCAGGAAGUAAUGUUGGAUCAAGAACUUACAUCCCAAGAAUCAGCAUGAUACCAUCUGAAAAGAAAAUACCGUUCAAAUUUCAAAGAAGGCAAUUUCCAAUAACCGUAUGUUUUGCGAUGACUAUUAACAAAAGUCAAGGACAAUCUCUAUCUAGAGUUGGUAUAUACCUCAGAGACCCCGUGUUCUCACAUGGUCAACUUUAUGUUGCGUUGUCCAGGGUAAAGACUAAGGAUGGCGUUAAGGUUUUAAUAUUCGACAAAAAUGGGAGGCCAACAAAUAAAACUGCAAACGUUGUUUACAAAGAAAUAUUUGGGAAAUUGUAG